UUUCGAGGUCUUCUUGGAUUAAGAACUGGCUUCCCUGUUUUCUUUUUUAAGAUAUACAAGACAAAAAUGUUGGCCUGCAUCAUUUUUAUAACCUCAUUCAUUGUUUCUGCUGGUUCUCAAAACCUUUCGCCCUUCAAGGCAUCACUGAACGGAUCUUGUGGCACUUUGUGCACUUGCAAGGAAAAAGACAACAUUUUAUAUUUAAGCUGUGAGGAAAGAAAUAUUACCAAAAUAACUCAGAUCCAGCUGCCAUCAGCCUUACCUUUCCACCUUAGCCUGUACAAAAAUGAGUUAGUGGAGCUGCGGGCAGAGGACUUGGAAUAUUUCAAGAAUGCCAUAUCCCUUCAUCUUGGAGCUAACAGCAUACAAGAGCUGCAACCUGGAGUUUUCAGUGCACUAGGCUCUCUUAAGAAGCUGCACAUUAACAGCAAUUUUCUAGUUACUUUAAAAGAGGACACCUUUCAAGGCUUGAUAAAUCUCGAGUACCUACAAGCCGACACAAAUUUCAUCCGCCUGAUUGAACCCGGGGCAUUCAACAAGCUCGUCCGCCUCAAAGUGCUGAUACUGAAUGACAACUCCAUUGAGUUCCUUCCCGGAAACAUUUUCCGGUUCAUGCCAUUGACCCACCUGGAUCUGCGUGGAAACCAACUGCAGUCGCUGCCUUACAUGGGCUUCCUUGAGCACCUUGGUCGAAUCAUGGAGUUUUUGUUGGAAGACAAUAACUGGGUCUGUGACUGUGAUAUCCUGCCUCUGAAAAUCUGGAUUGAGAACCUGCAGGGGCAGUCUACUGUUGAUGAUGUGGUUUGCAGCAGUCCUCCCCAUCUCAAAGGCAGCCUUCUGAGCAAGGUGAAGCAAGGUGUGCUGUGCCCCUCUCACUCUGACUUAGAUUUAGGAGAUCCUUCAUUGCUGGUGACUGAAGUUGAGCAGGUUCCAAAAAUGAUGGAUGCAAAAGAUGAUGCAAAGAUCUCAUCACCAGAGCAUAAGACAGUGAUGUUCUGCAGUGACCGAUGCUCUUGUCACAACCAUCCAACAGCAGGUUUUCUAGUCCAUUGCCAGGACAGAGGGAUUAGAAAAAUUUCUGACCUGGGACUGUUUCAGCAAAGCCCCACGAAGCUUGUAUUGACAGGAAAUAUGAUUCAGAGGCUUCUUCACUAUGAUUUUGUUGAUUUUGAAAGCUUGAAAUUAUUGAAUUUGGCAAACAACCAAAUUGAUCAUAUUGAUAAUGAAGCAUUCCUCAAUUUAGGACAUUUGAAAAAGCUCCAUUUGAAUGCCAACAGACUUGAUAAGUUAUCCCCUGGAAUGUUUACAGGCCUCCAUAAUGUGGAGUAUAUGUAUUUGGAAUAUAAUGUCAUCAAAGCCAUUCUCCCUGGAACAUUUAACACUACGCCAAAUCUGAAGCUCCUAUAUUUAAAUAACAAUCUUCUUCAAACACUACCGUCACAGAUAUUUAACAAUGUGCCUCUGGCCCGACUGAAUCUCAGGAAAAAUAUGUUCAUGCAUCUUCCUGUGAGCAGUAUGCUAGACCAUCUUAAUUCUCUGGAGCAGAUUUAUUUGGAAGACAACCCCUGGGACUGCAGUUGUGACUUAGUUGCUCUUAAACAGUGGGUUGAAAAACAUGGAAAGAAUGCAGUGGUGGGGACCAUUUUGUGCCAUACACCUAGUAAAAUUGCCAAAAUGGAGCUGAGGACCUUAAGACUUGAAGCAAUGUGCUCCGGCUUGGUGACAUUCCAUUCCAUGUCUACUAACAAGAAUGGUCAAAGUACGGCAACCACAGCCCUCCCCACAAGCGACACGGAAGGAUUUUUCCAUUUCCUCACAGAUACCAUCCCUCUCUCGGUUCUGAUCCUCAGCUUGUUGAUCAUUUUUCUUGCGAUCAUUUUCUGUGCCGCUGGAAUGGCCGUUUUUGUCCUGCACCGUCGAAGGGGGUCAAAGAAGAAACAAGCCGAUGAUCAAGCAAGGGAGGGCAGUCCCUUACACCUGCAGUACAAUGCUACUGCUCUGCAGGUGGCUCAGAGGCCGAAGAGUGAUACUUGUAAUGAGCCUACGCAGAGCCCUGUGAUACAGAUGUGCCGAAAUCCAGCCUGUUGUGCUCACUGUAAAGAACACGAGCUGGAGGAACUGAAUCUCACCGAAACGAAGCACGUUUGCAGAAGCAUCCUGGAGAAGGAGAACAUCUCACCCCUUAGUGGACUGAAUCUGAAAUUUAGAGCCGUGACGGAGUAUCCGUCAGAUUUUGUCACUCUUGGGGACACAGGUGCCUUGUACCGAAACAUCCUGGAGCGGGAAAAGGAGCUCCAGCAGUUGGGCAUCACAGAGUAUCUCAGGAAGAACAUCUCCCAGCUGCCACCGUCUGUGGAGAUCCAGAGUCAGGGAAGACAUGAAGAAAUGAGAUUGAUGGAAGCAAUUCUGUACACCAGACCACGGAGGGUCAUGGUUGAAGAAACCAAAAAUGAGUAUUUUGAACUUAAAGCCAACUCGCACACAGACCAUGACUAUCUAGAGGUACUAGAGCAUCCGUCUAAUAUGAACUGAUUUGGUAUUUAUUAACUGAAAAGGUAUUUACUGCAUUAAUACUUAAGUGCCUUUGUAAUUCUUUCAUUACAUUAUAGUACAUUUAAUUAGCAAACUCUGUUUCAAAAACAGUGUCCCUUCUGGGAAACUGCCACUUCAGUGCAUUUGUGCACAUGCCUACAUGCGUGCACACACACACACACACACACACGCACACAGUCCUCACAAAGUACUCACAGAAAACUACAUUG